AUUGGCUCCGAUGGGAUUUGCCAUUAGGCGGUGGAAAAACCGAUGAAGGAGGGGGGGAAGUAGAGGAGAAGACGCCCGUGGCUGCGCAUCGACGCCACUGACCUAAUCUUAAUCUCGCCGAAACCCCGAAGAAAAUGGCGGCGUCAACGAUGUCCUCCGCCGCCGCCGCCGCCACCUACUCUUCUUCCCUCUCCCCCUCCUCUUCUCUCUCCUCCAAGAGCAAACCCCUCAAGAUCCUCGCCAUGGCCUCCAGAAAGAAGGUGAAUAGGUACGACGGGAAUUGGGCGAAGCAGUGGUACGGGGCGGGGAUCUUCGUGGAGGGCAGCGAGGAGGUGAGCGUGGACGUGGUCAAGAAGCUUGAGGAGCGCAAGGUCCUCAGCGGCGUUGAGAAGGCUGGCCUCCUCUCCAAGGCCGAGCAGCUCGGCUUCACGCUCUCCUCCAUCGAGAAGCUCGGGUUCUUCUCCAAGGCAGAGGAGCUCGGCCUCCUCAGCUUCCUCGAGAGGGCCGCCGGUGUCUCCCCCUCCGUCCUCGCCUCGGUGUCGCUGCCGCUCUUGCUCGCUGCCGUCGCCGCCGUUGUCCUUAUCCCCGACGACUCCGCCGCGCUCGUGGCCGCGCAGGUCGUCGUCGCCGCCGCCCUCUUGAUCGGCGCCGUCGGGCUCUUCGUGGGGUCGGUCUUGUUGGGCGGGCUACAAGAGUCCGACUGAAGGGCGACGAAGCCAGUUCUCCGCGGUGUACGUCCGAAGUGGUAUUCUUCGAUAGACUACUCCCUUGGGUUUUGCUCUAUUUAUUUUUUUAAUAAAUAUAUUAUAGUUGUGCUGUUACGGAAUUAUUUGUAUCAACUUUUAUGCUCAUAAUGCUUAUAAAUGAUGCUAGUUUCUAAGAA